AUGGAUGAUCUGCAGACAGAGUCACCCCCUUUCUAUACAGCUAGGCAGCCUUAUGCCUCCCCUCCAGGAUACAAGAGUCCUGCACUGGGUGACUGCGCCCCAAUUCCUGGGUCACAGGAUAACCUCAACAUGGGUAACAACUCCAUAUCUCCCAUACCCUUGUUAGCACGAAGACCUGCUGCUGCUGAGGGUAAUGACCCAGCCACAAUGGACAAUGGCUCUACUCCUUCCCUGUCCACGUUAAACUUUGAAAGUCGGAAUCCACCCUCGCAGAUGAUCUUAAUGAUGAUAUCCCCUGAGGAAUCCCCAUCCCGACAUUGCCCUAAUCACCAAUCACCACCAUUUAAACCAGGCAACUGGCAGACUGCUUUGUUACCUUAUUUGAUGAAACAGACAAUCUACCCUUCCGACAACAACUGCCACAGAAUGGAAUUCCGCAACAUCAACCACUCUACCAGUUGCGAAAUCAUAGUGCUGACAAGGACUAGGAAAAAGGGGAAGGGAAUGCUGAUGACAGACGAACCUGACACUGAAGUCAAUUCCCCCACUCAUAGUAGCCCCAUACCCUUGAUAGCGCAAAUACCUGCAGCUUUUGAGGGCAACAGCUCAGCUAUGAUGGAUGAUGAUUCCACUUCUCAUGUACCUACAUUAGUUGACCACACGGCUAUGACAGACAUUGGUUCCACGCCUCCGAUAACCUUGACAGCGUCAAAACGAUCCCUCAAAUCCUACUUGAGCUAUGCCUGCAGUAGUCACAUGAGGAACUGCCAGCAACAGGCCCUUGAAAGCCCCCUCUCGCUGUCGAGUCAAAUGGUCAUAAUCCCUGAGAAACUUCCAUUCCGUCAACAUCCUAUCACCUAUACAAGCCCUCAAUUGUGUAAAGACGAACCGGCCGUCAACCCAGUCAGCCAAUCUGCUACCAUCCCAGAAACCUCAUUAGCACGAAAUCUUGCAGCUCUCGAGGGUAACCAUGCUAUUCGGCUGACCAUUGAUUCCUCUUCCUUGACAACACUGUCUGAAGAUGAGACAACAGAUCAUCAGACCACCCACGUUGUUCCGAGACCCACCUUAGUGCAAUUACACACUCCUUCCAAAAGUGGUGUCACACUCCGGCAAAACGACAAUCUCUCGUCUUUGGUAGCUUUUACCAUGACCACUCCACUGUCAUCUCUCCCAAAUGACAUGAUGAUACGGAGUGUAAGAAUACACCCAUAA